CAACAGCUUUCACGGUCACCGCAACGCGUGGGUGGUUUUGUUUUCAGAAUUGUGAUUUUCAAUAUACAUGAAUUUAAUUGAAGUAACAUGAGAAAGUGUCUCAGCUGCUUGGUAAAGCAACGUAAGAUACCAUCGAAAAUUGAGAGAAAUCAGUGACGGAAGGUGGGACUCUAGUAGUUGGAACAAAAUCAAGGCUGGGAAUUUCCCUGCAAAAUAUCAACAGUGAAUGGUGGCAGAUAUCAUUUCUUCAAAAUGGACAACAACGGACCUUCCGCAGGAUCAUAUAACAACUUCCGUAUACUGUACCUUAUUACGCAGAUGGUGGGAGCAACCAUCGUUAUUCUAGUCGGAUGCUGGAUCGGUGUACAUCUGAAUGGCCUCGCAUGGACAUCGCGGCCAUCAGUUCAAUUCAACUGGCACCCUCUAAUGAUGACGUUGGGGAUGAUUUUCCUUUACGGAAAUUCAAUUCUAGUCUACCGUGGAUUCCGUUAUGCGCGCAAGAAACCGUUGAAAAUUACGCAUGCUAUAGUUCACGGAUUGGCAUUCCUUUUCACCGUGAUUGCACUGAUAGCAGCCUUCGACUCGCACAACUUGGCCAGUACUCCCAUUCCGAACAUGUACACACUGCAUUCUUGGGUUGGGAUGGCGGCUGUAGUUCUAUUCAGUCUUCAGUAUGUUUUUGGAUUUGUUUCGUAUCUAUUUCCUGGCGUUCGUGACACACUUCGCGCGAGUUACAUGCCUGUGCAUGUGUUUUUCGGUGUGCUCGGAUUUGUGCUCGCUAUCGCUGCGUCACUGCUCGGGCUCUUGGAAAAAGCUAUCUUUUCGAUAAGCAAUUAUCGCGAGCUGCCGGCACAAGCGGUGCUGGUUAACACAAUCGGACUCUUGAUGAUUGUCUAUGGUGGCCUGGUCGUGUUUCUCGUUACUGAACCAAUGUACAAGCGGAAACCAUUACCUGAAGAUGUGAUGCUAUUGACACAUAGUGCGUCAUCGCAGUGAAUCCUGUUGUCUGAAGAAUAUCCACGUCUUACCGUAUAAAUACUUACUAAACAUGGUGUCUAUUUUUUGCUUGCAAAAUGUACUUAUUAGCCUUUCAAAUAUUCCGGAUAGUUAUCUAGAUAUUCCUUAUUAUGAAUAGCUCAAACAUUUGUCCACUGAUUGCUGAUAACUCGAACACUUCAGUAACUAUCUAAGUAAGUAUCUAGUGAAAUUUAACAUACGUAUAAAUAUUUAUAAAUGAUGUGAUGUAAACUACUACCAAAAAAAUAUAUGAUGCUAAGGAACCGAAAUCAAAACAAUAAAACUUCUCCGAAUAUGUUCGGGAAAUAUGACAA